AAUCACCUGUAAGUUUCAACAUGAUUGUUUCUAGAACUAGCUAUAUUGAUUUCAAUUUUUUUUUUUUUUGAUCUUCUUAGGUCGCUGUUAGCUCCUUAGAUGAUAUGCAACCUGGUACUCAUUUCCAACCUGUGUUGACUGACCCUACAACUACAGAUCCUGAACAAGUGGAUAAGGUUGUAUUUGUAUCUGGAAAAUUAUAUUAUGAUCUUCAAAAAGAAAAGGCUGAUCGUGGAUUGAAUGAUCGUAUUGCUCUUAUUCGUAUUGAAGAACUUUGUCCUUUCCCCAAAGAUCAAAUCAAAGAAGAACUUGAAAAAUAUAGAUAUGCAACAGAAUUUGUCUGGUGUCAAGAAGAACAUGAAAAUCAAGGUCCAUAUAGCUUCAUGGCCCCUAGAUUAGCUCAAAUGAUUCCUCAUCACAAGCUUGAAUACGUUGGACGAAAACCUCUUUCCGCUCCUGCUAUUGCUCUACCUCCACUUUUCAAGGAACAACAAGCCAAACUCAUUAAAGAUGCUGUGAACUUAGAUUAGAUUAGUAUUAAUAUAGUUUAUGUAUAUGUAUGUAUGUAU